AUGAGCCCGUCCUCCCACCCGAACUCGCGUCUCGCCGAUAUCUACAUCCCUUCCUCCCCUGAACCUGAUGAUCGUACCACUCCCGGUCCAGUCCUCACCAGCUCUUCCUCCAUGUCCUCGAUGCCGCCCCCUCCUUCCUCUCGCGUCCACGGCUCGCACGCCCUCGACGGGCUUCCCCAUACUAACGGCGAGCUAGACGGGCGCGACGGGCCUGUAUCGAGGGCUACCCGAAGCAAGAAGAGGGCAAAAGCCGAACGCAAGGAGGAGGCCGUGGUUGAGCUGCGCGAGAAGGAGGAGGUCGACCACGUACCGAUCCCAUCUUCAUUGGUUGGAGAGAUCAUUGGGAUCGGUGGGAAGAGGAAGCAGCAGGCCGACGAGGACGACGAUGCGGACUUUGACGCCCAGUCCGAAGCAAGAAAGAAGGGGACGGGCAAGACGAGGAAGGGGGCGAAAGACACGAUCCUCAGGGCGAAGGUCGCGGUCUGGAGGGAUCUGCCGGACUGGGGUGAUAGGGUGGAUCGCCCGCUGUUGGAGCUGCCGGGGGAGAUACUGGACAUGUGCUUCGGCGCGGAUCAGGAUCUAGCUCUACGUGAUUGGGUGUCUCUCGCUGGAGUCAAUCGAUUCUUCCGCGAGCGUCUGGACGACGACUUCUUCCACGUAUGUUUCGCCUCUACAUCCGGGGCAGAGAUAUGGUCCCUCCGCGAUAAAGCCAGACACGACAAGAGAGUGUCUGGGGGCAAAUCACCCCUAUGGCAUGUCAAGAACCUCAGUAAUGGAACUAUCGGCCAUCCUGCGACGCACCCCUUCACCCGAGACAUACCGUCCUGGCGGUCGGGUCCGACUCUGCCUCCGCCCCCCGCUCCUCUAUCGUUUGCAGGCCACUUCAUCCACCAAGGCUCGACACACUUACACCGCGGCAUGUUCUACACCCCUCGCGGUCCUCGAAAACAGUGGACGAAGGAGCAGUACACCAUCUACAAGGAGGAUAAGGCGAAAUUUGCGGAGGAGGUCCAGGCAAGCCGCGAUGAGAGGGCCAAGGAGGAUGCUGCCACAGCGAAGCGGGCUAGAGAGGGCCGGUCGAUCACGGUGGGGAAUGGUCUAAGGAAGGUGCUGGCAGAGGUAAGGGGCUUGGAGGACGGGGACGAGGCUGACGGGGACGAGGCUGGUCCGGUGGAUGAGGCGGGUAUGCCGGUACCGUCCCUUCCGGCGAAGCACAAGUCAGGGGGACCCGCCAAGAAGAAGGCGAGACAGACGGCCAAGGAGGGAAAGAAGAUCAGCAAAGAGGGCUGGGCGCUUUGGGAGGCGGCAAAGGUUCCGAAGUGGCUGAGGGACCCCGCGGCCGCGUGGGUCGUACCGGAGUCGGACGGAGAGGACGAGCUGGAGCAUUACAGGCCAGUCCUGUACGAUGGGAAUGGAGCGGUCAUCCCCGACGACUAUUGGCCGAGUAUUUGGCGGAAGCGGGUGGUUGAAGAGGUCAACGGCACUUGGGUCAGUGGAGAGGAUGCUAUCAUAGGAUAUGGAGUCACCAAGGCGGAUUUGCUUUCUCUGCGGCACGUGCUUAUUGCGGACGCUGAUCCGAACAAGCGUACCAGGAUCAAUACCAAGCUGUUGCAUCCCAUGUAUUCUGCGGCUGCGGUCGAAGCGCUGGCUUACCGAUCUCAUGGGGGUCCUACUGGGCACGCGAAACAUAUGGCGAUGAUCCGCUCCUUUCAAAGAGCGCCAAGAAGGGGGCGACGGCAUUUGAGGACAAACCCAGCCCCUGUGUCUAUCGACGAUAUCGAAGACUGA